GUACUGCCUGAGGAGUACUUUCCCUGGGACAUUAGUCAAGUUUCAAGAGUGGAUGAACUCUUCGAUAAAAUCGACUUGAACCAGGACGGCGAGCUGAGCUUUGAGGAGUUCAAGGCUGCAAUUCAAUCGGAAAGCUAUUUGAUGUGGCCUCAGCAGCUUUUCAAUAGGGGAGCUAAUGUACGGCGACGGGAAUGACAAAUCAUCAUGAGGUGGGCUGACCCGGAAUGACGGAGACUGUUAAUAUGUGAGGUAAUGGCCAGCAAGUAGUUACCGCGACGGGAGUCCAUCUCUGUCGCACACAGCAGGGAGCAGUUGUAACUUAUGUGUGAAGACGCGACUCAUGACGUGUGUGACGUCACACAGCAGGGUAAUUGCUAAGCAGGAGGCCAAUGUAUUGAGACCAAUAGGCUCUGCUAAUUUGCUCUUAGACGACCAGUUAAGUAGGGCGUAGGAGGCCAGUGACGUGUGUGACGAGGAAGCAGGGAGGCCAGUGAGUGAUGAGAGAACGUGAAAGGAGGGCACAGCUCAUGCGGAGAAAGCCAGCAACUGGCACGAAGGAGACCGAUACCUUGUGAAGAGGCCAAAUGGAGGAGAAGGCAGCAAAGUUUGAAGGAGGAGAGAUCUGUAAAUUUGAUGAUGGACAAAUCAUGGCAGCAGCAUAGAUGGAAAAGAGUGCAAACUUAAAAGAGGACAACGACUCGGGAGCAGGGUUACAACAAGGACCUAAGAAGGAAGUGGAGGCGGUCAGUAUAACUUAAGGAAGGAGGAGGUCAGUCAUCUUGACCGCCCCACUCCCCCCCUCCCCCUCCCCCUCCCCCUCCUGGUCUUACUUACUUAUCAUGACCGCUGGCACAGAGUUAGUCAGGGGUUCUUCUAGUGGUUCUGUAAGGUCUGAAGAGGAACCAAAACACUAGCAAAGUAGUGGGCCAGUGAUUUAAGUGGAGGUGGAGGGGAAGUGGAUUGAGUUGAGAGGAGGUGGCUGGUCGCUUGUGAAGAGGCGGAUAUCUCCCAAGGAGGCCCAUGUCUUCCCAGCAAGAGUUGAGCUCCCAAGGAGACCGGCGCCUGUUAAUUCAAGAUGCUGACUAAUGCUAUACUGAGGAGGGGGAGGGGUUGGGGAGGCGGAGGGCAAGGGGGAGGGGGAGGUGGUCCUCAAGGAAGCUGCUGACGCUUGAGAAUCUGUGUAACCAUUUGGAGGGAGAUGGGAGAUUUCAGGAGGCUGAUGACAUUCAGGCAGCCAAGGACGUUCUGAGCGUACAUGCUCUUGACGCUUGCCCAGGACUUACUUGAGCGCACAUGCUCGUCAUGCUGGAGAUGUGAAGAGGCUGGCUUGGUUUCCUACACAGAGGCUGGUGACUCCGCCUUAUUGGACUGCGCAUUGGUGAGUGAAUCGGAUCACUGAUGUUCCUUUCAGAAUGCAAAGAACUGUCAUAGAGAGCUGCAGCUCUCAAGGAGUCCGAUAACUACCACUGAAAUCCAUUGGACUGGUGCAAGGUGGCGAGGCCAGGGGGAGAAAAAAAGGAGGGGAGUGGAUAAUAAGAGUCCGCUUAAUGCCACGUCGCAAACUAACCGGGCUGUCACAGUGGAUGGUGAAUUACUGCGAAGUAACGAAGGAGGGAGUUGAAGAAGAGUAAUCGAUCAGGGAGGGAGAUUCAUUCCAAUGUUUUUUUUUUCCCUCAGUUAUCUGUGCUUUCCUCUCAGCUUCCUUGUCAAUUCACUUUUUUAUAUAUGUGGCAGUCUUGAACCCCUUUGAUGGUGUGGCCAGGCAUCAAAGCAUUCCCGGUGUGUAAAAAUAAUGUAAGGCUUCGAAGGACAUCUGUUGAAAUUCGAGCGAGACAGAGAAAAGGUUAAUUAAUUAGCAUGCCCCCUGUGCACGGAUCACACGCAUAAAUCUAGACAAAAAAGAAUGACUGCCAAACAGAUGCAGGCUGGGACGUU